UAUUCCAUUUUCAUAGCAAAACCCAAACGGUGCUGUGUGUGAUAGCAAGCAAGGAAGAAGCUGCGAGAGAAGAUCAACGAUGAGACAGGGAUGGCUGAUUUCCACGGCGGCUUCAUCGCUCUUCAUCUUUCUAUCUUUCGCGGCGGUCUCACACGGCCUUGUUCCGCCGCGCACGCUGCUCAAUCGCUUGUCUGAAGGCAGAUACCUCAACAGCACCGAGCUAUGGUUCAACAAUCAGACCCUCGAUCACUUCUCACCCUAUGAUCACCGCCAAUUCCGGCAACGUUACUAUGAGUUCUUGGACUAUUUCCGGAUUCCGGAUGGGCCAAUUUUUUUGGUGAUUUGUGGGGAAGGUCCAUGCAGUGGGAUAGUAAAUGACUAUAUUGGUGUACUGGCAAAGAAGUUUGGAGCAGCUGUGGUGUCUCUUGAACAUCGGUAUUAUGGGAAGACUACCCCAUUUGAUUCUUUGGCGACAGAAAAUUUGAAAUAUCUUUCGUCCAAGCAGGCACUCUUUGAUUUGGCUGUUUUUCGCCAGUAUUAUCAGGAUUCUUUAAAUGCAAAGCUGAAUAGAAAAGAAAUUGAAAAUCCCUGGUUCGUAUUUGGUGGCUCAUAUUCUGGGGCACUCAGUGCAUGGUUCCGUCUUAAGUUUCCCCAUUUAACAUGUGGAAGUCUUGCAAGUUCUGCAGUUGUUCUUGCUGUUUAUAACUUCACAGAAUUUGAUCAGCAGGUUGGUGAGUCAGCAGGUGCUGAGUGUAAAGCAGCAUUGCAAGAAAUUACUCAACUCGUUGAACAGAAACUUGCGACCAACGGAAAGGCAAUAAGAGCAUCUUUUAAUGCAGAUCAUCUUGAAGUUGAUGGUGACUUCAUGUAUUUGCUGGCUGAUGCCGCCGCUAUAGCGUUUCAAUAUGGAAAUCCAGAUAAAUUAUGCAAGCCUCUGGUUGAAGCAAAAAAGGCUGGAGAGGAUUUGGUGGAUGCUUAUGCGAAAUAUGUCAAAGAGUACUACCUUGGAACCUUUGGCGUUAAUGUCCUAGAUUAUGACCAGAACUAUCUGAAAAAAACUGCUAUUAGUGAAGAUAGUUCUACUCGAUUAUGGUGGUUUCAAGUUUGCACUGAAGUUGCGUACUUUCAGGUUGCUCCCUCAAAUGACAGUAUACGUUCUUCAAAAAUUGACACAAAAUAUCAUUUGGACCUUUGCAAAAAUGUUUUUGGAGAGGGUGUCUUUCCUGAUGUUGAUGCAACUAAUUUAUACUACGGAGGCACAAAAGUUGCAGGUUCAAAGAUAAUAUUUGCAAAUGGCUCCCAGGAUCCUUGGCGUCAUGCAUCCAAACAAACUUCAUCCCCUGAUUUGCCUUCCUACACCAUCACAUGUGAUAAUUGUGGUCAUUGUGUCGACAUUCGAGGGUGUCCUCAAUCUCCUUUGGCUCUUGAAGGGAGUGAGAAGAACUGCUCUUCCCCUGAUGCAGUCCACAAAGCAAGGCAAAAGAUUCAAGAACAUAUGGACUUGUGGCUAUCUGAGUGCCAACAACAGGACACAGGCAGGAGUUUUAUUUGAUUAUUUGCAUGAGGUCCAUGAUGUAUAAUAACUUGAAAUAGUAUUUUGCCUACACGGUAUAGUUAUGACUCUGUAAAAUGUAAUCUUGUUUGUAUAACUGAUCAAACCUAAGGUAGAACAUGUGUAGAUAGAAUGACUUUCCUUAAGACAUUAUUCUAUCAAGUUAGAGCGUGUGAAUUUUAUUGCCAGGUUAUAGCACCCGGUUUGAUCA